UUCUGCAGUGAGCUGGAUAUUGGUGUUUUUUAAGGAGGUGGCUCUGUGUUUCGCUGAGGCUGAAAAGCGUUCAAAUGCACUUGGCGUUUUAACCAGCAUCCCAAUGCAGAGGCUGCAAUGAACAUCCUAAUGGCAACCAGCAAGAGGGAAUGCGCUAUUAACCAGACAACCAGAGAGCGGUCGCGGAUGUGUUUUGCUCAGAUUUUGCUUUAAAACAAAGGAAAACCCCGAAAUCUUUUUUUGGAUUAUCGUCUGAAGAAAGUCGUAUUAUGAUGUUUCCUCACUGUAGGAUUUAUUUUCUGUUCAUCUGUGGAGCAAUGUACCUUGUCCAUUCCAGCAAUCCCACCAGACGAAUAGGAGAUGCCUUAUUAAAUGGGAAGGCUGGUCGGAAUGAUAGCAGGUUCCUCGUAAAGGAGAAUACCGUACCGCUCCGAUUAAUUUACCGCAUGAACAACGACAGCCAAGCCACUCACCACGUACUGAAUACCAGGAUAAAAACAAGUUCAGACAUUAAACAGUCAACACAUGUGGCACAAGCAAGCUUCCAGGUGGACGCUUUUGGGUCAACAUUCAUCUUAGAUGUGGAACUGAACCAUGAUCUUCUGUCUUCAAACUAUGUUGAACGGCAUAUUUCAGAAGGAGGAAAGGCUGUAAUUUCCAAGGGUGGAGAGCACUGCUACUACCAAGGCAAAAUCCGCGACAUCCCACAGUCCUUUGUGGCCCUAUCCACCUGUCAUGGCAUGCAUGGGAUGUUCUUUGAUGGAAACCACACGUACAUGAUCGAGCCAGGAGAGAACAACGACUCAGCUGAUGACUUGCAUAUGAUUUACAAAUCGGUGGGGCUGGAGGCACCAGUUGAUUAUUACUCCUCAGACGAUCCAAAUUAUGACAGCCAGCCAACCUCUCCCACCAGGACAGUUCACCGGAGGAAGAAGAGGCAGGUUUCUCGAAGUUCGCGCCGGGUGGAGGACGAGACAAAAUAUAUAGAGUUAAUGAUUAUAAACGACCAUCUGAUGUAUAAAAAACACCGUCUGUCUGUUGGUCAGACCAAUAACUACGCCAAAUCAGUGGUGAAUAUGGUCGAUAUACUAUUCAAAGACCAGCUCAACACAAGGAUUGUUUUAGUAGCAAUGGAAACCUGGGCAACGGACAACAAGUUCAACAUUGACGUCAACCCCUUGAUCACGCUGCGGGAGUUCAUGAAGUACAGAAAGGACUUCAUCAAGGAAAAGUGCGACUCUGUGCAUCUGUUCUCAGGGAGCCAUUUCCACAACAGUCAAGACGGAGCCUCCUACCUGGGAGGUGUCUGCUCUUUAACUAAAGGUGGAGGAGUCAAUGAGUACGGGAAAGCGGACAUGAUGGCGAUCACACUCGCGCAGUCAUUGGGACAGAACAUCGGCAUCUUCUCAGACAAGAAAAAAAUGAUCAACGGGGAGUGCAGGUGUGAUGAUAAGUGGUACGGAUGCGUAAUGGAAGACGCCGGCUAUUACCUUCCAAAAAGAUUCUCACAGUGCAACAUUGAAGAGUACCACAAUUUCCUAAACAAUGGGGGAGGUGCUUGUCUGUUCAACAAACCCACAAAGCUUUUAGACCCCCCGGAAUGUGGCAAUGGAUUCGUUGAGCCUGGAGAGGAGUGUGACUGUGGUACGCCUGCUGAAUGCAAGAAGGAAGGUGAGAACUGCUGUAAAAAGUGUACGCUCACUCAAGGCUCCAACUGCAGCGAUGGUCUCUGCUGUAAGAACUGCCAGUUGGAGUACAUGGGUGUUGUCUGCCGAGAGGCUGUGAAUGACUGUGACAUUCCAGAGAACUGCACUGGCAACUCAAGUCAGUGUCCACCAAAUGUUCAUAAGAUGGAUGGCUAUACUUGUGAAAAGGACCAGGGUCGUUGCUUCAAUGGAAGGUGUAAAACGAAAGACAGACAAUGCAAAUACAUUUGGGGAGAGAAAGCAACUUCUGCAGACAAGUUUUGCUAUGAGAAACUCAACAUUGAGGGGACUGAAAAGGGAAACUGUGGGAAGGAUAAAGACACUUGGAUUCAGUGCAACAAGCAAGACGUGCAUUGCGGGUAUCUACUGUGCUCCAAUAUCUCUCCUGCACCCAGACUAGGAGAGCUGCAAGGUGGUUUGACUUCCUACACAGUGGUUCAGCAAAGUGCUGCCUUAGACUGCAGUGGUGGCCAUGUGAUAAUUGACGGAGAUACGGAUCUGGGCUACGUGGAGGAUGGGACUGCCUGUGGCACCGACAGGCUCUGCUUAAGCCACAGGUGUCUCCCGGUGCAGGAAUUCAAUUUCAGCACUUGCCCCGGCACCACUGAUAAGAAAAUCUGCUCAGGGCACGGGGUGUGCAGUAAUGAGUUGAAGUGUGUGUGUUACUUAGGCUGGACAGGGGAGGCUUGUGACAUUGUUUUUCCUCUGAGCUCCUUAAUUGCCGGACCCACAAUCCCUGUCAACGGUGUCAUUAGCACCAAUAUCAUCAUUGGUGCCAUUGCUGGUACCAUUCUUGUGCUGGCUCUGAUUUUAGGAAUUACCGCAUGGGGCUAUAAAAAUUAUCGCCAACGAAGAGAAAUGCCACCGGGAGACUAUGUUAAAAAGCCAGGGGAUGCCGACUCCUUCUAUAGUGACAUGCCUCCUGGAGUCAGUACAAACUCUGCAACUAGCUCUAAGAAGAGGUCUGCUUAUCUGUCGCAUUUUCAGAUAUGUUCCUUCACUCCAUCCAUCCCAUCCAUUAGUCAGAACAUUUCAUUGUUUGGCAUCAGAUCAAAUGGAUUGUCCCAUUCAUGGAGUGAGCGAAUACCAGAUGCUAAACAUAUUUCUGACAUCUGUGAAAAUGGACGCCCUAGAAGUAACUCAUGGCAAGGGAACCUGGGAGGUAACCGGAAAAAACUCAAAGGAAAAAAAUUCCGACCACGUUCAAACUCAACAGAGACACUGUCUCCUGCCAAAUCCCCUACUUCAUCCACUGGCUCCAUUGCGUCUAGUAGGAAGUAUCCCUACCCCAUGCCACCUCUCCCAGAUGAAGAAAGGAAGGCCAACAGGCAGAGUGCCAGGCUAUGGGAGACGUCAAUAUAAAGAUCCUGUUUGCUCAGCAACUGCUCAAGAACUCCGUUUUCUUCCGCUUUUGUAUGAGAGAAAAAUUUCCCGACUGCUCUGUGGACACCUGAGACUGGGGGAGGCGGCAGUGCAUGUGUUUGAGAGCUGACCGAACGUGACAAUGCUCUGAGCCUGUAAGAGCACAAUUUCAGCACCAGACUGCAUAAUCCUAUCCUAGAGGAAACGGGACACUCACACUGUCAGUGUCUAAAACAAGCAUGGUGGCAGAAACACUACUAAAAAGGAAACCUUUUUAAUAUCCCUGCCUCCUGCCUCCCCUUUGCUAUCUUCCCAUGUUCAGUACAAAUGUUCUCUUUCAGUUGGUGCUUUGACACAAUUUGAAACAGGUCAUUAUGAGCAGGAUUUAUUUAAUGCUUUGAAGCACGUAGUCACAUGUAAAAAUAAACACUGUAUGCAUGAAAACGCUGUUUAUCGAUUCCUGUAGUGUUUAAAGAGAACACAUUAGAGGAUAGCAUGUGGAAGAUGAAAGUUACUGUAAGAUUUUGAACUUCAUUUAUAUUUAAUCUACUUGAUCAGUGUUCUCAUUUUAGCUGGUUGUAGAGCAGAUGCAAUCUCCAUCCUGUUCUUUGCUUGUCUGGAUUAUUUUGGUAUUGGUAUUGGAUUGUAAAAAUGUAUAGAUUGGAAAUCAAAUAUUAAGAACUUUUUUAAGGGAUCUUUACAAAACCUUUAUUUUUUUCUGUUUUUUUUGUGAGUGAUUUAUAACCCAUUUACUGAGCUGGGCAGUGAAGACCCCUUUUUGCCAUAUCAAAAAUGAAAUUUGGGAAUUGUUUUUUAACACUUAGAGUCCAAAAGUGGCACCUGUCUUCUUUUUUUUUUGACAGUGAUGUCUUUGACAGCCAGUUGAGAAUCCUCUGGAAAAUAUAAAAAAAAAAUAGUUUUUAGUCUAUUGGGUAGGUACAUGUUCUUAAAACCUAUUGGUUGAAAGCUUAUGGCACAUAUAUACACAUCAAUAACUAGAUGACCUAUUGAUUCACCUACCCCAGCUAUAGGACAAGUUGCAGCUCUUCAGAUAAAAUGAUUAAUGAUUCACAAGGUGAUCUUAGAAGUUUCUAGGUGGAUUCUAGUUUUUAGAGUAUCCACAUUUGUGGAUAUUCUGCUUCAGGUGGUAACAGGCUUCAAAAAGGCACUUAAACUGACUUUAUAACCACAUAGAGAUCAAAGAUUCAGGAAUGCAUUUGAUCGGAUAUUUAACAAGCUCCAUAAUACAUUUAUCCCUUUGUAAAACUCUGAAUGUUAAGCCUGAAGUAGAUGAGAGUAAUGCUUAAUCUGUAAGAAAACUUAGUCAACCCUGAAGUGAAGAUUAUAGAAUAAAAUCUGGUAUUUAGAUUAAAUUAGACAAUGGAGUCUGCUCACUACAAUUUUUAAAUAUGUAAAUUAUACUGUCUUUAGUUUAGUUUCCAUUGAGUGUUUGGAUAAAGAAACUUUUGAAAUGGAACAUUUUUAAAUAUUUUUCUUAAAUUUCUUGACAUUCAGUACAAGUUAUUCUUAUUUCUUGAAUACCGACUAGGGUCCUGUGGAAAAAUCACAGUUUAUAUUUUUUUCAUUUUUCUGUACAAGUUGUAAUUUGAGGACUUGAGUUGUCAGGCACAACAAAUUCAUGUCCUGCAUUUGGAGUCACAACAUUCUUUAGUUCCAACAGUCUAACCUAAUUAAAGAAUUGACAUGAAAAUAAUGUGUCCAUCGCAUUACAGAAUCAGAUGAGAAUCUUGUCUGGGAUUCAAACGGUUCUAAUGUUUGUCAGUCCAUAGCCCAAAAUAUUUGAGAAUUUUUUGCAAUCUUACAGUGCUAAGACAAGGGGAAAAUGUUAUUGCAAUAGACAAAAAAAAUCACUUAGUGCUUUUUAUGUUCAUCCUUUUAAACAGAAAUGUGAAAAGAAUAUUUCCAUCUGUAGAUAUUCACAAUGUUAACGCACUCAGCUCUUACCUUUUUAUUUCAGUGUGGGCGCCAAUAAUGAGCUACAUACAGUCUAUAUGCUGUAUGCUCUAUAGGCUUUCAGCAUGGGUCCUCUUCACUUCCUGUUAUUGAAGCUGCAUCAUGUUUAUUGCUCUUUCAAUAUAAAAAGCAUACUGUAGUAAUAUAGGAAACAAAGAGAUAGCACUUCCUUAGAAUACUGAAUAUUAACAGCACCACAAUAUUGGAUUUGUAUCAUAUCAGUGCUUUUAUUUGAAAUAUAAAAGCUUUCCAUUUGCUUAUUGGAUACAGCUGUAAUUGCAAUUGCAAAUGUAUCUGGUUUAUCUACUGAAACACGACAGGGUAACACUGCUCUGUAGAUCACUGUGUGUUUACAGGUGCAGACGCUCAUGUGACAUUCAAGGAAUGGUUCUUUACUGCACUCAAAAGUCUCUCCUGAUUGCCAGACCAGGAACACUGGCUUUCCAUGCCUCAACGUCUGCCUCUUUUUAUGCAAGUGACUGCCUUCCAUAAGGACUUCUUGACCAGUGGCAAGGAAAUUGACCUACAGUAUCUUCCUUGAAUGUAUUCGACUCAAUGAUUCUGUCCACCAGACUACAAACUGUUCUCCUGGAAGCCACUGGAUUAACACUAGCAUUCUUAACCUGCUAAUAUCUGCUGACCUGCAUUACCAGUUCUGUUUAGGUGCACAGUUUUCAAAUAAUAUUCUUAUGAUACAGCAUUUUUUUUCUGUAUUGUAUAUAGACCAACAAUGUAAAUCAAUGCUCAUAUUUUUUUCCUACAAUAUUAAUAUCAUUCAGUAUUGUAAUAUAUUUAAUAAAACAUGAAACUUUCA